AUAGAUUUUACGGAGAUGAUGCGAGCUUUGGGCUUCCCUCGCUUGAUAUCUGUGGAAAACUUCCGAACGCCCAACUUUACACUCGUUGCGGAAAUCCUAAUAUGGCUUACUAAAUGUUAUGAACCCCAAAUGGAAAUUGCGACCGACAUGAACACUGAGUCAGACCGGAUAUCGCUCAUCAAGACUGUGGCUCAAUUCAUGGCAACUAAAGCUCACAUCAAAAUGAACACCAAGCGCCUUUACCAGGCUGAUGGUUACGCAGUCAAGGAGAUGUUGAAGAUCACUUCGGUAUUGUACAAUGCCAUGAAGACCAAGCAGAUGGCCCAGGAGGACAGAGUGGAGGAGGAAAACACCAAAUUCAAGUUUGAACUGGGCACUCGAAUUUCAGAUCUGAAAGUAGCUCGGCAGCUGGCGUCGGAGGCCACGUCCAAAGGAGCGUCUCUGUAUGAUUUAUUAGGAAAGGAGGUGGACUUGAGGAACUUGAGAACGGCUGCCAUUGCAAGACCUCUGGAGAUCAGCAAGAUAGAAACGGCCUUGAGACAAGCCAACAAGGAGGUCUUGGAAAAUGUGGAGAAGACCAAAGUGAUGAUGAAGAAUGUUGUUUCUGACGUCACCAGUCUGGAUGCCAAGAAAGAAAAGAAACACUGGCAGUUGGAGAUGAAUCAGAGAAGACUCCAGACACUACAAAGUGUCCGGCCAUUAUUCAUGGAUGAAUACGAGAAGAUCGAGGAGAAGUUGGAGGAGCAGUACAAGUUGCAAGUGGAAAACCUUCUAAACGUUUAUUACCUUGAAUGGCAGCAGGAAAAACAGAUCAGACAAGAGAAGAUGUUUGAGGAAGAAAGUAAUCGAAACAGGAUGAUGCAACCACUGAAGGAGAAUUAUGGGGAUUCGAUGAGUUCAAUUAAUGAAGAGGACACUCUUGAGGACAAAGGCCUAGAUGGAGACACUGAUGAGUGUCAAAUUUCUAAUCCAAGACUUCCUCUAAAUGACAUUGUGGCAGGAGCAGCCCUUGGGACCAUGCUAGGUGAUGACAGUGAUGAGUCAGAGGAGAGCGAGAGAGAUGAAGACGAAGAAGAUGACGGCCUGGGAUUGGAUGGCUUUUUGGGGGGUCAAGAAGCGAGGACGUCUUGCAUUUCCAGGGGAGGCACCAAACGCCAUCUGCUGCAUAAGAGUGAUGAUGACUUUUGAAUUCAGAAUCUAAUUGUGGGUACGCUUAAAAUAACUCAAAACAUUAUUUGAUGGAAAAUAUUUUAAACUUAGUUGUCUCCACGUUUUAGACGUUUUAAUAUAACACAUAAGAAAAUAGCGUGAAGAAUCUGCACUGUACUUAUACUCAAUGACGCUCACGCCCAAGAGAAUGUCCUCCCCUGCACUUCCAGUUUCGGUUUUUCUAUUUUCUCAAAUCAUUUCGAAUUUAUGUUAAUUGAUGUAUUGACACAUGACAACCACCAAACAAUGUGAAUAAAUUUGUUACUCCAUA